AUGAUCCCAGAAUUUUCAAAAAAGACAUACUUUAUCCUGUCAAUGAUGGUAACAUUGAUGAACACGGGAGCGUUUAUUCUGACGCUGGUGAAUUAUUUCAAUGUAAAGGAAACUGAUACACCAUUGGCCAAAAUGGGCUGGACUUGGCUGCAAACUGGCCCGGUGGUGACAUACGCACAAACAGGAUUCUGGUACCCGAUUGAAAACUGGCCUAGAUACCCAAAGAAAUGGUGGACGAAAGUAAAACCAACUCAAAUUUGCAUUUUUGCCUUUUCGUCCGUUGCUGUAAUUUGUCACUAUCUCGUCGCACUUGACCUCCCUGAAAAGCCCAGAACGACAUUUAUCAUCGUUUCUGUUCUUCUUUCACUCUCCGGAACUAUUUCAUGGGUCGUGGCUUCCAGUGGACAGAGAAAUGAAUGUGAAGAAAAAUGCGCACCGAAAUCGAAAUCCGACGUAACCGUAAUUGAAACAUAA